UUUUGCAUCAGUUCUUAGUUUGCCCCCCGCUCUCGAGGGUAUGGGUACCUGCGAUGAGAAAUCAACGGACCUUAACCGAUUUACCACUCGAAGUCCUCGAUCUAAUAUUUAAGAACUUACGAAAUCUGAGAGACAAACUUCGAUUGGCGCAGGUCCAUGAAUAUCUGGGACAAGCGUUUUCCUACCACAGCGGCAGUGAUUACAGGAGGUUCUCCCCAAAAAUACAUUUUCCGGUUCGGUUGUAUCGUGUUCUGUUGGCGGAAUGUGGUCCAUCAAUUGUGGAGUUCACAUGUGGGUCGGACACUUGGAGCGAUCUGUUGGCCAAAUCGAUAGCGAAGAACUGUCCCAACUUGGAGUCGGUGAACAUUAGUGUUACUUUGAGGAACAGUAAUAGCGUUCACUCCUUUCUGCUCAACAUGGCAAAAUCUUUAAUUUCGGUUGAACUAAAACUCAACGACAGUUGCCAAUCGCCGAGGAUCCUGAAUGCCGUGGCAGAACUGAAAAACUUGAGAAAACUGUUGUAUGAAGGAUACAUAGACAGAGGAGUAAACCAGCUGCACAAACUAGUUGCUCUUGAGGAGUUAAGACUCGACUACCAAGGAAGGGGAUACAGAUGCAGAGCGGUUAAUCUCCUCCAGAUUUGUGGACAGAUGACAAAUCUCCGGUGCUUGACUGUGAGCAAUAUUUGUAUAUCUCCACCAGAUGGGUUUCAUCCCAUGAUAUGGCCAAACUUAAAAGAUUUUAAAAUGCAGAAUUGCGAAAUCUCCACAGUAUUACCCGAUUGUCCGAAGCUAAAAUCUCUUUAUAUAAAGUUUUGCAAAUGCAGAAUAAGAGGUUACGUCUGCAGCUUUAUUUUGAAGAAUGGCAAGAAUAUAGAGGAAAUAGAUGAGAGUUGUGAACCGGCACCAUUCGAUGGGCCCAGUUUUCUUCAGGUGAUCCGAAGCUGUCAAAAACUGCAAUUAUUUUCCACUCCCAUGGGUGGUAUAAGAAUCUACCAAGCCUUCGUUACCUCCUUAGUGGAUAUUCUUAAGGUUAAUGCAGCAAUGCGAAAGGAACCUUUUGAACUGAUAUUGUACUGCCGAGAUAAGCUAAGAUGGCUUCGACGAUUUCUACAACGGACAUCUUAUCCUGAAGUGAUCCACACGCUUUACCUCUACAAAUUCUGAUGAUUGUAAAAUUUAUGAUUUCAUUUUGUUCCAUUUUAACCA